UGGCUCUCCAACCUCUGGCCCAGUGUGACUAAGGCAGUGGGCUGGUGUGCUUGUACUGAACCAGUUAAGUCGUACUUAUAACCCACAUAUACGAUACUUCGAUACGACUGUUUUCGACUCUAUGCCCGAGAACGACUACGAAACGAGUUAUUCAUAAUCAGAAGAUAGGUCAAGUGCUGUAUUUUAAAAAAUUUACAAAGUGAUUCCUUGAUAAGCUAAGACAAGAUUUGUUUGGAAUUUUAACUCGGAGGGUUAGUCACCCAGGAUAACCCGAGGACUGUCUCCGAGUCUAGGGAAACUAGAUUUUUUGUUGCUGUGUUGAGAUAACUGAUCGUGAAGAUGGUGAGGUGUAUGAUACAGUCCCAUAACCAGAAGUACUGGAUGACUCAUAGAGGUGAUGAUGCAGAGGACAUGUGUGGAACAGCACUAGAGCCAGAUCCUCGGUAUCCAGACUGUUGCUCCAAGAUUUUCCGUCCAGGCAGAGUGCUGCGCGACGUCAUUGUGGGGUUCCUUGUUGUUGUGGCUGUUGCUAUUGUUGUUGCAGUUCUGUUUGUUGUAUGCUUCUACCUUUUGCAAGAGAACAAGACAGGAGAGACGACUGUGGGUCUGAAGGAAGGAGCAUUUAUUGGUAGUCCUGCAGAAGAUGAGAAAAAUCCUAAUACCAUAAAUGAAGUUGAGUUUACAGAUGAUACAAGAUAUAAUGUAGCCCCUGAUCCAGUGCUGGGGAAAAUCAGAGAGGAGGCUAAUGAAGAACAUCACCACAUGGGCCCAACUCCCAAGUCUGAGCCAGAACCUGAAACUGUGCCAGAACCUGAAACUGUGCCAGAACCUGAAACUGUGCCAGAACCUGAAACUGUGCUAGAACCUGAAACUGUGCCAGAACCUGAAACUGUGCCAGAACCUGAAACAGUGCCAGAACCUGAAACUGUGCCUGAACCUGAAACUGUGCCUGAACCAGAUGCCGAACCCAAGCCUGAAUUAGAACACACUCAGGAGGAAAGUGAUGUGCAUCAUGCACACACACAUGAUGGUGAUGUACUCCACGGACACACUCAGGAAGAGGGCGAUGUGCAUCAUGCGCACACUCAUGAUGGUGAUGUACUCCAUGGGCACACUCAGGAAGAUGGCCAUGAUCACAUGCACGAAGAUGAUGUAGGCCAUGAUCAUAUGCACAAGGAAGAUAUGGGCCAUGAUCAUAUGCAUGAUGAAGGUGAUAACGGCCAUGAUAGUGUACACUCUGAUAGUAAGGCUCGUGAACAUACACAUUCAGGUGGAGACAUAGGUCCUGAACUUAUGCUUCCAGAUGGUGAAGAUAGAUUUAAAACAGGCCAGCCAGAAAGAGAAUCUGAUCUUGAAAUUGUACCUGAAGAAGUAAUCGAUCAUACUGUGAUGCUUGAAAAUAAUGGUCCAAACCCAGCAUUUGUUCCUUCUACUCAUCUUGAAAUUGAAGACGCUCUUGAGGUGGUAUCGGCACCAUCUCUAGACACAACACCUACAGCUUCGCCCACAGAGCACCCUUUCAUCUCGGUGUUCAGUGAUGCUGGUCCCAUCAGCAAUACAGAUGUCAAGAUAGAGCCUGAAAAUAAUGUAACAACUCAAUUUCCAGUUAUGGUAGAAGAGUUACAAGGAGGAGGUAGACUCCCCCCCCUCUUAGAUGCUCUCACUUCCCAUCAAGAUGCCUUCACCAAUGCUCCAGACAUUAUCCCUGGGGAACAACAAACUGAAAACCCUGAAGAGCCCUUGAUUGAUGGUGCUUUGCAGGAAGUGUCAUUCCCAGAGGAAUCUACUGAAGAAGCACUUACAUUAACUGAACCCCAGCCAGAGCUUCCUAGCACCACUGAGGAAAAAACAUUAAUCACAGAUAUAACUGUAGACAGCUCAGCAGUGACUGGGGAAGCUUCUCAAGGUACCUGCCAUCAUCGCCAACUGGAAAUGUGCAGUAAUUUGCCAUACUCUCUUACUGCUUUUCCAAACUGGGUUAAUGACCAAAAUGAGAGACAACUUCAAGAAUCCUCUCUUCCAUUCUUAAGAGAUGUGAUUGUAAGAUCACGUUGUUCACCAAGAGCACAAGAAUAUGCCUGUACUAUCUUGGAACCUCCAUGCAAUGCUGAUGGAACAAUUCUACCUCCAUGUAGGACAUUCUGCAGAUCUGUGGCCUCAACAUGCCAAGAAUUCAUCAUAUCUGGGGUUGGUCCAAGUGGUGUAUUUAACUGUGAGCGGUUCCCUGACUCCACUGAUCCUGCUGUGUGUUUUGAUAUGACACAGGAGCCUUGUGUUGGGCUGGAACACCGUUGUGGAGAUGGGCGAUGCGUCGCGAAGAGACUAGUUUGUGAUGGCCUGUCAGACUGCCUUGACCACUCUGAUGAGGCAACGUGCCCUGGCCAGCUUCCAGCUCCGGGUGACGUGUUGGGCAUUGGUAGAGACUUCAACGCCCUUCUGCAACUUCCCAGCCCAAAUCUCCCUCAAGAUUUCUCUACGGGCAGUGACUAUGCAACAGAAGAAAGCAACAAUCCAAGUGAAGAAUAUGCGCUUGACUAUCCCGAUUAUGAAGCAGCUCAAAAUAUUCCAGGAAAUGUUGAUUACCAUAGUAGUGGAUUUAAUCCAACAGCAGUAGACCUGUCUACAACAGAGACUGACCCUGUUGUGCCACAUGACAAUCCUUUGGCAAGUUUAGACAGCUCUGACUCAAAUGUAAAUUUCUCAGCAGACUAUCCUACUGAAAUUCCAUCCUCAGCAGGCAGAAACACUGAUCUUGAAGGAAAAGAGGGAACAGAAGAUAAUAUCCAGACCGACACUGUCUCGGGAGAAACAGUAAAUCCCACCAAGGGUUUGUCAGGAUCCAAUCAAAGUUUGUCUUCAGAGGGAGACUUUUCAUCCAUUACUACCCCUGAAAUAAUCUGUGAUCAUGAAAAGUUCCUAUGUCAUGAUGGUUUAAACUGCUUAGUGCUGACUUCUGUGUGUGAUGGUAUGCAGCAGUGCCACGACGGCUCUGACGAAUCAAAUUGCACACAUAUUGGAUGCAACCACGGUGACUUCCGGUGUGCUACAACGGAGUUCUGUAUCCCGGUGUCUUGGAUGUGUGACGGUGCCGACGACUGCCAUGACAACAGUGACGAGACCAACUGUGACACACAGCAUCCAUCAAUGACACAGACUUCUCAUAGUGGAGAACACCUUGAAACUCUGACAUCCCUAGGACAGUUUCCACUCCCAGGUGGUGAUUUUGAAGAGAUUGUAGAAGACAGAAAUGAAUUUGACCAGUACAAUAGUGCAGAAUUACUCUCUGAAGGUUUCGCAGAGAGUGCAGUCACUGGCAAUAACGUUAAUUUGCCCCAGUCUAGAGAUAAAACAAGAGAAAUCUUUUCUCAGGAUGCAAACCAGCAGGAACUUGUUCCUUCACAAGAAGCAUUAGUUGGGGUGCCAUCUGCUGUAGAUAGUAAUCUAGAUCCUUCAAGUGACAAAGAACAAUUACAGCUGUAUUCUGGAGAGACUAACCUCCAUCAUCAGUUAUCUGAGGAAGUAUCAAACCAGCCUCAUUUUAAUGAACACCAAAAAUUUAGGCAAGAAAGAUUGAAUUACAACUUUCAAACUGAACCCUCCAACUACCAUGAUGGCAUUUCAUCAUCUAAUCAUCCUGUUUCUUACUCUGUAAACCCAUUAAAUACUGACAGUAAUGACUAUUCAAGUACAUCCACUCAAGAAAAAUUACAGAUAUUCUCUCAUGAAAACUCUCAGUACUUGCCAGAAGAAGAGCCUGUACAUGUUGAUCACCAAGAAACACUGCCAUUUCAGACAUUCUCUAAUGAAGGUCCCCUUUUGGAAACUCACAAACUUCACUCUAAUGAACAGUCAAUUAACAAUGGCAUCAAGGCAUUUCAAGAAGAGCAAUCAUUACAGGAAACUUUCCAAACAAACCUUGAGCAACAACACAUACAGCACAUUCCUCAGUCUUCUCAGGAGCAAAAGGUCUCUGGCAUUUCUCAAAAUGACGAUUUUCUUCAGCAAGAUGAUAAACUUUCCCUGAAAUCUGAAAAUUUUGGAGAUUAUCAACAAGUCUCAGAUGUAAGAAUUCCUAAAAUUGUAUUGCAAGAUACACAGUCAAAGACAAAUGAACCCCACUCUGUUAGUGAAUUUUUGGUAGCAAAGACAGAGAGCCAGAUUACAAAUGAGGAGGUUUUGGAAGAAGGAAACAUUAAACUAAAAGAUAUUGACAUUUCAAUGCCAAUUACAAAUUUUCCUGAAGAAAACAGAAAAUCUGAAAGAAUCAGAGGUACUACUCGCUUCUCCAAUAUUAACCGCCCCUUUUCCCGCAGACCCUCAGUCUCUCCCAAAAGCAUCUCUCCUACAUUUCCACCCGAGACUGAAUCAAGUACAUCUGGGAACUUCAGAACACGUUUUCAACAGUGGCGUUCUUCUCGUCUUCCAUCUACACCCUCUUAUGAAUUGAGUCAAACUGGAGGCUUUAGAGAACGCCACCGUAACAUUCCAUCCAUUUUUGAUAAGCCUGUAAUAGAAAAGGAAGAGGUAAAAGAAGAGGCAGCAAAAGAAGUUGAAGAUAAUGUUGGAAGUUCUUUAAGGUUACGAAUCCCAUCCCGUCAUCCUGUAGCUUCUGCACGCAUAACUCGCCUUCGCCCCACACUCAGGACUUCUAGAAUAUCUUCAAACACAAACUUAAACUUCUUUCCUCAAGAGGAGUUUCUCAAGGAAGGAAUAAGUUAUGAUCAUACUGCUGAAGUAGUAUCAACAGACUCUGACAGUGAACCAGAUUCAUCGGAUAUUUCUCAAGCAAUUGUUCAAGAACCUCUUCUGGCCUUUCCAACCCAGUCUUAUGCCACUCAUUCAGCUAAGAAUGCCUACUAUGGCAUUCAGAAUGAUGGCACUGAGAUUCAACAGACAGAUGGGGAUGCCUCAAACAUAUAUGUACCCCAUACAGAGCAAGAACACAUCCCUAGUUCAGAGACUUCUGACUUCGAACAUGGCACAGACUUACAUUUGCUUCAAUAUGGCCAAGACUCCCCACAAUUUGAUUUAUCAAAAAGUCAUGCUCCAUUAUACCUUUCAUAUACCCCAAAUUAUUAUUUACAUGGUAACAUGCAAAAUUAAAGGAAAACUUACCAUUGCUCACCACUUCCCAUCAAAGCUCGACAUGACAGUACCAUCUUCAGUUCCAACAGAAGCCCAUACUUCUUUCUUCAAUACUGAUGAUGAGAAAGUAAUGACAUCUGUACCAGAAGAAACAACUACAAUUACACCACUGGAAGAAACUGAUGCAUCA